AUGGGGGAGAAGGAAGAGGUCAAGGAAUUGACGAUCACCCGGGGUAUGCGAGGAGAUUUUAUACUCCCAACCGGCCUCGUGAGAGUCAACGUGAGUGAAAAGGAGAACCUGGGGUCCCUCGGCCUGGGGAUAACCCCGCCAUAUCCACAGACGAAAGGCACGACUGCUGGUUGGCCGCAAUCAGCUUCCUGGCGCAGCUUUUUCAAAACAACGGCCAUUCCACGGGACAGCGUCACAGCAGUCAGCUGCGUGUCUGGAUUUUGGACUCCACUAUCCCGGCCGUGUCUGGAGUCUGGAGUCCGGAGUUUCUCUGGAGGAAAACGGGGACUGGAGGAGGUCACCGUAUGGGAUGCCGAAACGGUCUGCAGCCCGUGGGGACUGGAGGGCACACACGAGGCCGUUUGCACUCGGAAUGGGGAAGUAGUCCGAGGUGCUGAGGCUUCAUUGGCCGGUGGCACCAAGGUUAGACCGCAGCUGAGACAGAAAAAACAAAUAGUCGGUGCAGUAGACAAAUUCCAGAAACCCACUCGGGUCGGGAACACCGAAUGGUUCAUUGGUUGUUGGGGUUGA